AGAUGACAGAAUUGAGAUCAUAAUUUCUUCUCUGAAAACAGUCAUCACAGGAACUUCUCACUGCCGUCAAACUUAGAGCAAUUUCUAGAGAUGUGGUAAUAACGGAGGAAAAUGUAACUUGCUUUCUCCUAAGAUCAGCGACUGUAAGCCCUUCCGUAUCUCUUAUUUCAAAUUUCUCAGAUGGGCAAAAUGAGCAAGAGAAAGAUAUGCGUAUGUCAACAAACUCUGGCCUUAUUAUGCAAGAACCUUCUGAAAAUAUGGAGGAUGAAAAGAGAACCUUUGGUGGAAUGGUUCACUGCAUUAAGCCUACUACUUUAUUUGUACAUCCAUCCUGUAAGCCACAAGGUUAAUGAUUUUUCUUCACUGCCUGCCAUGGACCUGGGGCGAGUAGAUUCAUUUAAGGACUCUCAAUUAAUUAUUGUAUAUACACCUGUCACCAAUACAACCCAACGAAUCAUGAACAAAGUUGCGUCUGCUUCCUUCAUUCAAAAUAAUGAAAUCAUAGGACUUCCUUAUGAAGAAAGUGUUGAAAAAUUAACAGAAACAUAUUCAGAGGAAAUAGUAAAAGUCAUCUUUACUAAUACAUUCCAGUAUCAUCUGAAAUUUUUACUGGGCUACAGAAUCCCUAUAAAGAAGGAACACCAUGAUCAUACAGCUCAUUGUUUUGAUGUAGAGUCCACUAUUAAUUGUGAAGUUACAACGUUCUGGGAUCGAGGCUUUAUAGCUCUUCAAGCUGCGAUUAAUGCUGCUAUAAUAGAGAUCACAACAAAAUCACUCAGCAAUGGAGCACGUUGA